CGCUAUUUCCCGCCUCCACGCACCAUUCCCAGCAGCCUGUCUACCCCAUCAAAGAGGACAGAGUCCCUCAACGCCAACCACCACCCUUCUUGUCCUCCAUCGCUCUCUACCUCUACCUCCUACCUCUACCUCUAUCUUCACCUCUCCCACCCGCGCAAAAACAUUGGACGCGACAGGAUGGCCAAGCCGACGACCCUCGCCGAGUUCGAGUCCGUCUUUCCCCGGCUCGAGGGGGACCUCAUAGCCUGGGUGAAGGAGUACAACCUUCCCCAGGAGCAGCUGGACUGGUUCAAGAAGUCGCUGGAGACUAACACGCUCGGUGGAAAAUGCAAUCGCGGCAUGUCCGUCCCCGACUCCGUCUCUCUCCUCCUCGGCAAGGCCUUGUCCGAGGAGGAGUACUUCCAGGCUGCCACGCUAGGCUGGCUGAUCGAGCUGCUCCAGGCCUUCUUCCUCGUCUCCGACGACAUGAUGGACAGCAGCAUCACCCGCCGCGGGAAGCCGUGCUGGUACCGCCAGGAGGGCGUGGGCUUGGUUGCCAUCAACGACUCCUUCAUGCUCGAGUCUUCCAUUUACGUGCUGCUGAAGAAGCACUUCCGGAGCCACCCCGCCUACAUCGACAUGGUCGAGCUGUUCCACGACAUCACGAUGCAGACGGAACUCGGCCAGCUGUGCGACCUCCUCACCGCGCCCGAGGACAGGGUCAACCUCAACAGCUUCAGCCUGGAAAAGUAUAGCUUCAUCGUCAUCUACAAGACCGCGUACUACAGCUUCUACCUCCCCGUCGCCCUCGCCCUGCACCUGCUCAACAUCGCGACGCCGGAGAACUUGAAGUCGGCGCGGGAGAUCCUCAUCCCGAUGGGCGAGUACUUCCAGAUCCAGGACGACUACCUGGACAACUUCGGCCUGCCCGAGCACAUCGGCAAGGUCGGUACCGAUAUCCAGGACAACAAGUGCUCGUGGCUCGUCAACCAGGCUCUGCGGCUGGCCACGCCGGCGCAGCGCAAGGUGCUCGAGGACCACUACGGCAGGAAGGACGCGGCUCACGAGGCCGAGGUCAAGAAGCUCUACGACGAGUUGAAGCUCGAGAAACUCUACCAGGACUACGAGGAGAAGACCGUCGGCGAGAUCCGACAACUGAUCUCCCAAAUAGACGAGAGCGCGGGGCUGAAAAAGAGCAUCUUCGAGGCUUUCCUGCAGAAGAUCUACAAGAGAAGCAAGUAAAGAGGACGGAAGAAUGUGGGGUCAGAAAGGCGGAAGCGGGCAGGCAGACAACUAAAGCUCAGCACGCAGUAGAAGUACAGCCAAACCGUCAAUUUGGAGUCACGUAAUUGCAAUAGGCCCUGUGAUUUCAGAGAGACAGGAGUCAACCGUACCGAUCCCAGAAUAGAAAAGUAGGC